AUGAAAUCAAACUACAUCGUCCUCUUCGGUAUGGCCCUUGCCGCCAUGGCCGCUCCAACCAUCCCCGGAGGUGGCGGCCACGGCGGCGCUGGUAGCGGCCUCGGUACAGGCGGUGGUUCCGGAUCAGGCCUUGCCGGCGGUGGCGGUGGUGGUAUCACCAUUGGUAGUGGCAUUUCUGGGGGAUUUGGAGGUGGUGUUGGUGGGGGAGCUGGAUAUGGUGUUGGGGCAGGAUCCGGUGCUGGAGAGGGCAAGGGCAAGGGUAAGAGUGGAUGGUAA